UUAGAGUUGUGAGCGCGUAAAUUGACUCUUCUGCGCAUGCGCAUGGGCGCGGCACGCGUGAUGUCGCGUGAUGCGGAUCCUGCGGUUCCCGGGCUAUAAAAGGGCUCCAUUUUCUCUCAGGUUCCGUAGCCUGAGCUGUCUUUGAUCGAGCUGUGUCUUGGUACGUCGAGAGAUUCCAGAACCACAAUGAGCGACAAACCCGACGUGAGCGCUGUCACCACCUUCGACAAGAACAAGUUGAAGAAGACUGAGACGCAGGAAAAGAACCCGCUACCCACCAAAGAAAGUCAAUCGAGCAAGAGAAGGCAGCCUAAAGUGAUGUCGUCGUCCAGUGAUAUUUUACAUGUGUGUGUAAUGAAUCAGUGCUCCGCAGUGUGCCCUCUUGGACUCUUGUAGCGACCUAGCGUCGUAGUUUGUAUGUCUCCUAAUAGUACAGUUGAAUUUUCAGAAACACAUGUGAAAAGAAAACAAGGAAAA